AUGACAGCCUCAAGGCUGGUGUUGUCGCUGCUGGUCGCAGCUCUCCUGCUGCAUGUGGCCACCACGCUGAAGGUCGGCGCCUUCAACAUCAAAGCAUUUGGGGACACCAAGAUGUCCAACCAGACCGUCGCAAACAUCAUCGUCUCUAUCCUGUUGGAGUACGACAUCAUUCUGGUGCAGGAGGUCAGGGAUGCCGACCUGAGUGCCGUGAAUAACCUCAUGGACCAGCUCAACAGGGCUGGGCAGCACCCAUACAGCUUUUUGGUCAGCAUCCCCCUGGGUCGGACCAGCUACAAGGAGCAGUACCUCUUCAUCUACAGGUCAGACAUGGUCUCCGUGCUGGAAAGCUACUACUAUGAUGAUGGCUGUGAACCUUGUGGGACCGAUACCUUCAGCAGGGAGCCCUUCAUUGUGAAGUUCUCCUCACCCACCACACAGGUACAGGAGUUUGUGUUGGUGCCUCUGCACUCCGAGCCCAGCCAUGCAGCACAGGAGAUCGAUGCACUCUACGAUGUCUACACCAAUGUCAUCAACAAGUGGGGGACUAACGACAUCCUCUUCCUGGGUGAUUUCAAUGCUGACUGUUCCUACGUGACCAGCUCCCAGUGGCCGUCCAUCCGCCUGCGCUCCCUCCCUGCCUGUGAGUGGCUCAUCCCUGACAGCGCCGACACCACCGUGGCCGACACCACCGACUGCGCCUACGACCGCAUCGUCGCCUGCGGCACCGCCCUGCGCCAAGACAUUGAACCUGGCUCCGCCACCGUCAACAACUUUGAGAAGAAAUUCCACCUCCAGAACAAGGAUGCUUUGGCUGUCAGCGACCAUUUCCCAGUGGAGGUGAUCCUGAAACCCAGCACCCACCCUGGAAGAAUGGGGACUGUGACACUGGAAUUGUCCCUGCUGGCUGUGGCUCUCCUGUGCCCAGCCACUGCCAUGCUGCGUGUCGGAGCCUUCAACAUCCAGGCCUUCGGUGACACCAAGAUGUCCAACAAGGAAGUGGCAGAGAUCAUCAUUAACGUCCUGCGCCGCUACGACGUGGUGCUGGUGCAGGAGGUGCGUGACUCCGACCUCAGCGCUGUCACCGAGCUCAUGGAGCAGCUCAACAGUGCAUCCACAUCCCCAUACGACUACGAGAUCAGUGGCCCCCUGGGACGGGAGAACUACAAAGAGAUGUACCUGUUUAUCUACAGGACAGACGUUGUGUCUGUGGUGGACACCUACCAAUAUGAGGACCCCCAGGAUGUCUUCAGCCGGGAGCCAUUCAUCCUGAGGGUCUCAGCACCCAGCACCAGUAAGGGGGAACAAGUGGCAAUGGGUUCUGGCAUGGGGUGGCUGUGGGGCUGACAUCCCUCUCCCCUGGCAGAGGUGAAGGAGUUUGUGCUGGUGCCCCUGCACUCGGCCCCACAUGAUGCUGUCGCCGAGAUUGAUGCACUCUACGAUGUCUACCUGGCCAUCAUCAACAAGUGGGGGACUGAUAACAUGAUGUUCCUGGGGGACUUCAACGCUGACUGCUCCUACGUCCAGCCGAGUGACUGGUCAUCCAUCCGCCUGCGCACCAGCGACAUCUUCAAGUGGCUGCUCCCUGACAGCGCUGACACCACCGUGGGCAAGUCAGACUGUGCCUAUGACAGGAUCGUGGUGUGUGGCAACAAGCUGAAGAGAAGCAUCGUGUCCAAUUCAGCUGGUAUCUACAAUUUCCAGCGUGCUUUCCAGUUGGACCAGGAGGAGGCCCUGGCAGUCAGUGACCACUACCCGGUCGAGGUGAAGCUGAUGGUCUGAGCUCCUCCUGCAGCCACAGACAAGGAUCCAGCUCCAGCUCCCACCACCAAUCCCCAUGAAGGUGCUCCACUCAGCCCAAUCCACAAGUCCUGUGCAUGGGCUGCCCCAGAUCCCAGAUUGGAGAAGGAUGGCAGCUGGCUG